AACCGUAUUAUCCUAUUAUCAGUAUUGAGUGCAAAUGCUGAAUAACUGUUUCUGUUAGAUUAUAGAUUAAAUAAAAUCACUGGAUCUAUCAUGAUCCUAAAAUCUCUAUCCCAUAUCGUUUCGGGGUUAUCUUAAUUCUUGUGACGAAGUGAUAUUCAUCUACUAACCUUGAUUGUUUCCUCAUUUAAUUCUAACGCUUCAAGUCUCCUCUCUUACAUCGGUGCGAGAAAAUAUUCUACGAAAAUGCCUAAGUCAUCACUUGGAAGGCGCUCCUCUUCCAUGCGACCUGUGCGAUUAUCAGAGGUUGAAGCCAGAGGAGGAAAUGAAACGAUCAGAAAAGGAGAGCAGAAACGUUCUUUCAUCCCGAAGCCAAGUAUAGGUGGACAUGGAAGAUCAAGCUCUGUGGACCGAGACUCCAGGUUUUCGAGUAGAAGUGCCUCCAAAGUAAGCACUGACCACAAAUUGAACCGAUCCAGAAGUCAAGUCAAUGUACGAACACCAGUAGUGCCGAUGACACCUCUCUUCAGCAGCAAAGGAGGAGUUCUUCCUCCCGGCAGCACCCUGAGACCUAGCCAUGGCAGUAUUGAUCAAAGCAGGUUGAGCAGUAUUGGUGCCAAAUCUUCGCGCAGAGAUAUGAGACCUUUGUCAGACAAAACUUUUCAACAAGAAGCUCAGCGUCAAGUCACACAGUUCUUUUUGAGGCAUCCUCAAGGUCCACUGGUAUUGGAGAAACGUACGAGUAUAAAACCGAUGACAACUGCAAUGUUCAUAGAUCUUGUCAAUAUCCUGCUCCAGGUCUUCGAUGAAACAGCCAUGGUUGAUCAAUCAGAUUACAUCACUAGGCUUCCCACAUUCACAAAACGCUUUGGUUAUCGUGGCAAAGUGGAAAAAUCUUGGCUCCAAACAGUUAACACACCUCAUGCUUGGCCUCAUGUUUUGGGACUUCUCCAAUGGUUAGUCGAAGUGAAUGAACUUUACGAGGAUUUCGAGCCCAUGCCAGCUUUUUAUCAGGACUUUGUCGAGGAUCAACCCACAGAUGGAUCUGAACCUGCAAUAGAUUUCAAGCUUUUUCUACCUUUUUUGAUGAAGUCCUUCAAUGCUUUUCAAACUAAACCUAAUUCUGAAAUUGAGAUCGCCCGGUUAGAAGAGCAGCUUCUAGAAAAUAUCAAGGAGCAUGAAGGAGUCAGUGUAGAAGAAUUUGAUGCUUUGCAAGACGAAGUGAAGGCACUAGAUGAAGAACUCAACAGUCCAGAGAAUCUCGCUGAGUUAGCAGAAUUAGAGGAAUUGAAAUCUCAAAAACAGGUGUUGGAAAGCGAUUUCAAGAAAUUGAAAGACCAUAAACUAGGCAAUAACAGAUACCUGGCAGAUUUGAACGAUAAAAUAGGGGACAUCAAAAGCGCUAGAGAAGCCCAAGAAAAAGAAAUCCGAGAAUUACAACAGGAAAUUGAUCAAACUAAAGCUGAAAUAGAGCAGCAAUGUGUGAGUGUUGCGAAGAAGGAGGUGAUGAUUCAGGAAAUGGCCGAUCUGCGACGAGAAAUUGCCUAUCAAAAUGGAUGUCUGGAAGAGUACUCAAAAAUCGUGUACUCUGAGGAUUUAAAGGUUGUUGGUGCUCGCCAAAAAUUGAAUGCUGCCCUUUUGGAGUACAACAAAUUGGUUGCGAUGAACACACUGGAUAUACCACAAUUGAAAAAAGCCAGAAUAGAUGUGAAUAUUCUCCAACUAGGAGCUGCGGAGGAACUUGAAGCUGUCGAUGAAACUCUGAAAGAAUUGAAAGCCGAGCUGAAGCACUUGAGAACUCAAAUGACGUUAGAGCUCGAUAGUUUACGAGAUCAAGCUAUAAAUAUUCAAGAGGUUCAAAGCAAAGAGAACGAUGAAGUUGGCAGUAUCAGCAAAGCUUUACAGGCCAAAGAGAAAGAAUGUGAAGAUUUCAAGAGGAUGAUGAGGGAAACAACCGAAGAUUUGACGGUCUCAAAUGAACAACUACGAAAGAAAAUUGACAGCAUUCUACAAAAAAUGCCAGACCUCAAGAGCCUAGAGCUUGAACUCCAUAAUAAGCGAAGAGAUUUGGAAAAUGCCACUGCUGAUGUCAAGCUCAUAGAAAAGAAAACCUUGGAAUAUUCGACUACGUGCAAAGCCGUCUUUGAAGAAUUUGUCAGGAAAACAGAGGCCAAAAUUGGUUCCACGGAACAGAAAUUGAAGAACGUGGUGAAAAAUUUCCAGGAACCUGGACAUUAGUCUCGAGAGAAAACUCUUCGGUGAUUCCACAUCGUUCUUAAGAUCUGCUCAAAAUGCUCCAGAAAUGAUCUAAAAUUGUAAUCUAGUUUUUAAUGUAAAUUCGAAUUUUAUUUUAUUAGUCUUUAGUUUUAAUAAUUCAUGUAUUUUUAAAUUUGUAGUAUUUUUUUACUGUAAAAACAAAGUUAAUCUUUAAGGUGUAAGUUAUCUUUUUGUUCCCUUGAAAAAUGCAGUUCAUAAUUCCGGGAAGCUAAUCAUUCAUCCUACUGCGAUACAGUCGAGGGAUUUCACAUCUAUAUUAAGGUCUGUUCAUAAUACUCAAGAGGAGAUUAAAAAAUUGUAAUUAGUAAUCAAUGUAAAUUAGAAUUCUAUUUUUUCA